AUGCAGAUCAGAAAGUUUUCUCCCAUUUUAGAAGGUGGCAUGGUAUCAGAAUAUGGGGUCUUAAAUACUACUACCGAGUGGAAGACAGUUCCUGACAUUUGGAGAACAUCUGCUGAAAAAUUUGGCGAUCGCAUAGCAUUAGUGGACCCGUACCAUGACCCUCCAACAAAUAUGACUUAUAAGCAGCUAGAGCAAGAGAUUUUGAACUUCUGUGAAGGAUUAAGAGUCAUUGGAUUAGAACCAGAGGAAAAGCUUGCCCUAUUUGCUGACAAUUCGUGCAGGUGGCUUGUUGCAGAUCAAGGUAUUAUGGCAACUGGAGCUAUCAAUGUUGUUAGAGGUAGUAGAUCAUCCGUCGAAGAGCUUUUUCAGAUAUACAACCACUCUGAUAGUGUUGCAUUAGUAGUGGAUGGUCCUGAAAUGUACAAUCGGAUGUUUGAAACAUUCCACUCACAAGCUAGAGUCUCAACCUUAUGGGACAUUGUGCCAGCUGUUCCUGGGGAUAGAUUUGUGAGCAUGCUUCCACCUUGGCAUGCAUAUGAACGGGCCUGUGAGUAUUUCAUAUUUACUCAUGGUGUUGAGCAAGUAUACACCACUGUCAAGAAUCUGAAGGACGAUUUGCGUCGUUAUCAGCCUAAAUAUGUUAUAUCCGUCCCUUUAGUAUAUGAGACGCUUUGCAGUGGGAUACAGAAACAGAUCAGUACGAGUUCUGCUUCUCGUAAACUUGUUGCUCUUCUAUUUUUAAAGAUCAGUUUAGCAUACAUGGAGGCCAGGAGAAUUUAUGAGGGAAAGUGUCUUGAGAGGAAUCCUGAACAACCUACGCACCUUGCUGCAUUUUUUGAUUGGCUAUUGGCUAGGAUCAUUGGUACCAUAUCGUGGCCAUUGCACGCAUUGGCAAAGAAAAUUGUCUAUAGUAAAAUUCAUUCUGCUAUUGGCAUAUCAAAGGCUGGCAUUAGUGGAGGCGGCAGCUUGGCUCCACACGUCGACAGGUUCUUUGAGGCAAUUGAGAUAAAGCUCCUAAAUGGAUAUGGUUUGACAGAAACGUCUCCUGUGGUUGCCGCUCGACAUAUGAACUAUAAUGUUCUUGGUUCCAUUGGACGUCCUAUUCGAGACACGGAAAUAAAAGUUGUUGAUGCUGAAACAGAUGAGGUUCUUCCUCAUGGAUCGAAAGGCGUUGUGAAAGUAAGGGGCCCACAAGUGAUGAAAGGUUAUUACAAGAAUUCAUUGGCGACAAAACAAGCAAUAGAUGAGGAUGGUUGGCUAAAUACUGGUGAUAUUGGUUGGAUUUGUCCUCAUCAUUCGAGAGGACGGAGUCGUCAAGCUGGAGGAGUAAUUGUUCUAGAAGGACGUGCAAAAGAUACAAUAGUCCUUUCGACCGGUGAAAAUGUUGAGCCGGCGGUAGUUGAAGAAGCUGCCCUUAGAAGUAAACUUAUUCAUCAAAUUGUGGUUAUUGGCCAGGAUCAACGGCGUCUUGGAGCUAUAAUAGUCCCAGACAAAGAAGAGAUUCUCGUGGCGGCUAAAAGGUUGUCUCUAGUGGAAUCUGAUGCCUCUGAGCUUAGUAUGCAGAAACAGAUUAAUCUGUUGCAUGAGGAGUUGAGAAAUUGGACCAAGGAUUGUUCGUUUCAAGUCGGGCCCAUCCUUGUGCUUGAUGAACCAUUCACGAUCGAUAGUGGUUUAAUGACUCCAACCAUGAAAAUACGAAGAGAUCGGGUUGUAUCCUUGUACAGGGAGCAAAUAGAAAACUUAUACAAGUGA